CCUCGUGCGGGGGUUGGCGGCGGGAGGGAAAGGGCGGCGCGCCGAAACGCGCGGCGUUGCCGUCAGUCAGCCGUGGCCCGCGGCCUGCACCGGCAACGCCGCUCGCGCUACGGCUAGUCGUGUCGUUGUCGUCGUCGGUCGUCGGUCGCGCGCGGCGCAGUGCGUGACACUCGUGCGGCCAAACACACCCUGAUGUCUCUGUUUUCGUGCCACUCGUGAUACAGAGGAGAGAAAAAAAAUUCGCCGCGUUCGUCGAUCGCGCGGGAGCGGAGUUCGCGACACGCGCUCGCGCGCGCGCCGCCGCCCUGGUAUGUAGGCUAUCGGCCGGCCAAACGGGUCCACGUCGUCGGCGUCGACGCGCCGUCCGGCCCUCGAGAUGUGGACGACGACAAAGACGACCAAGUACGGCGUCGCGGUGUACAACUGGCGGGGGGACACGCGUUAUGGAUUACCCCUGGAAAUCGGAGAAACUGUGCAGAUCCUGGAGGAGUGCGCGGGCUGGUACAGAGGCUUCACGACGAAGAAUCGCGCGGUGAAGGGGAUCUUCCCGAGUUCCUACGUGCAUCUGAAACCCUGCAAAAUCGACAAUGAGGGCCUCUUCGAGUCCGUUAUACCAUUGGAGGACCCGGUGGUCCGGGAAGUCACUCUGGUUCUGCGGGAAUGGGGUGGCAUUUGGAAAAGGUUGUACGUGGAGCGCGAGGAGUACAAGUUCAACGCGUUGCGUAAAGUGAUGCGGGAGCUAUUGGAAUGGCGGCGGCAACUUUUGGCCGGCACCCUCACCACCGAUCAGACGCGGGAGUUGAAGCUGAGGAUAAUCAAUAAAGUGGACUGGGGGAAUCGGAAGCUCGGUUUGGACCUGGUGCCACGCCAAGGUGCUCACAUGGUGGAACCGGAUACCAUGUCAGUCGUGGAAUUAUAUCAUGUGCACGUGCAGAGUGCCGAGAAUUCGCAGGGCGCAUCCGCUCGCGGCACCCUACGUCGCAAGGAGCACAAGAAGGUCCUCACUCAUCACCUGUACUUCUGCAUGAGGGACUUCGGCCACUCGGUCGGCGAGGACACCGAGAUCUACUUCUCUCUGUUCGAUGCCAAGCGGCAGCAGUAUCUGAGCGAGCGCUUCCUGGUACGCAUCAGCAAGGAGGGCUUCUCCAAUUAUGUGGAGAAGAUGCACAGCAAUUGCACCAUCUUUACGGAUCUGGGCAAUUCCGACUUGAGCCGCGAUCUCUAUAUGAUCGCCCACGUGAUGCGCUGCGGCCGGAUGCUGUACUCCGAUUCCAGCAAAAACAAGACCGGAACUGCGAUUUACAGGCGGCCUCAUGGGGUGGCGGUUCUCUCCCUGGCGGAAGCCUCCCAAGAUCACGCGGAGGAACUCGAGAUGACCUUCAAAGUGUACCAGGGUGAAGAGAAGGAGUUCCACCAGCUCCACGAACAAAUCAUACGUAACAACAAGUGCUCUCCUUUACCCGGACAGCCUAAUUAUGGAAUAGUUGUAUCCCUUCGUAUCCUGCACGGCGAGCUUUCUCAAGUUCGGGACGAGAAUCCGUUGCUUUUCAAAAAUAUCUGCCUCACGAAGAAGCUCGGCUUCUCGGACGUUAUCAUGCCGGGCGACGUGCGCAACGAUCUAUAUCUGAAGCUGGAACGCGGUGAAUUCGAACGCGGCGGAAAGUCUACCGGCAAGAAUAUCGAGGUAACAAUCCUGGUCCUAGACGCGGACGGCCAGCCCUUGGAAGAGUGUCUGUUUGGUGCCGCGGGGACGGACGGCAGCUCCGAAUAUCAGAGUUUGGUCAUAUACCAUCACAACAGUCCAUCGUGGGCGGAAACUGUGAGAUUGGCGAUACCCAUCGACAAGUUCUACGGGAGCCACGUGCGUUUCGAGUUUCGGCAUUGCUCCACACGCGAGAAGAACGACAAGAAACUGUUCGCCUUCGCGUUCGUACGUCUCAUGGAGCCCGGAGGUGCUACUCUUCAGGACGGACCGCAUGAGUUAUAUAUUUACAAGUGCGAGGAACGCGCGAAAUUAGAUUCCCUGGGUUACCUGUCGUUGCCGAGUAACACGAGAGAACCAUGUGCCUCAGGUCCGCCAGCUUUCUCCAGAUCGCCCAAGGAGACUGUAUUCGUACAUACCCUGCUCUGCAGUACCAAAUUAACGCAGAACGUCGAUCUACUCAGUUUGCUGCAAUGGAAAGCUCAUCCCGACCGAAUAUCUGAAGCUCUUGGUCGCGUUCUUCGACUGGACGGUGAAGAACUGGUCAAAUUCCUACAGGACAUCCUUGACUCACUCUUCGCUAUGUUUCAUACUGAGGAUGGCAACUCCACCGCGCAUUCCGGUCUUGUGUUCCAAGUACUCGUGUCUAUCUUUAGCUUGUUGGAGGACUCCAAGUUCGAACAUUUCAAGCCUGUGAUGGACGCUUAUAUCUCUGACCAUUUCGCUGCGGCUUUGGUGUACAAAGGUCUUCUCAGCAGCGUGCAACAUUGCGCCGAUUGGGUAACCGCCGCGGAGAAGCAGGAGCCGAUUAUGAAAUGCUUCCGCUCUCUCGAGUAUAUCUUCAAGUUUAUCAUCCAAAGCCGGCUGUUGUUUGCUCGCGCAACCGCCGGCCAAUACGAGGACAGUUUCAAGCGCGAUUUAUAUUGCGUGUUCGCAGCCCUCAAUAAGAUGUUAGGCCUUCCUUACGAAAUGGUGCUGCUGUCGCAAAUCGCGCUGCUGUUGUCGAUCGCAGCGGUGUUCGAACAGCUAGUAGCAGUGCUGCCGUUCCUGGAGGUUGCUAAACUCACAUGUACAAUGCUAGACUCGGUGUCGCGAGAGCCACCGUUGCAGCUCACGCAAGCCAAGCUGGUUGCCAUUAAAAAUCUUACCGCGUCCAGUCUGUUCCGCAAGGACGACGAGAGUCGAAACAUGUUGCUUGUCACCGUAUGUCGGCACUUACGCAUCCACCUGGCACGCAGGGAGGAAUUACGAUCCUGUACCGACAUCCUGGGCGAGAUACUCAGCUUUUUGCAUAAACGCGGCAGGGACACGAACAAAGUCAACAAUUGCAUACACCAUGACGUCGAGACGCUUUGUCUGUCAGUGCUCGAUGUACUCAUACAGACGAUACUGAUCGUGAUAAAUGCCAAUGGGCCUGUCCUCGGCUGUCUCGUCGGCUGUCUUAUCGGACUACUUCAGCUGCUCGACGAGUACCAUUACGCACGACUCUGGGAAGAGUUGACGCAUGCCGGCGACCGGAAACCUCUCAAAGACUUUCUGCUACGGGUAUUCCUAGUGCUGCGCGACCUCGUGCGCCAGGAUGUAUUUCCACCAGAUUGGCUGGUCAUCAGGAUGCAGGCUAAUAGCGUCAUCCUGAGGUCGUUGCAGGAACUCGCACAGCCGCUCGCUUUUCAUUUCCUCCAUGGCAACUUCGACUCGCAGCUGUGGUCCACGUAUUUCAAUCUAGCGGUGGCCUACCUCACCCAGCCGUCGCUCCAGCUUGAACAAUUCUCCGAAGUCAAGCGGGAGAAGAUUGUCGAGAAGUACAGCGACAUGAGGGUACUUAUGGGCUUUCAGAUAUUGUCCAUGUGGUCCAACUUGGGCGAGCGUAAGCUCGAGUUCAUACCGGGCAUGGUAGGGCCUUUCCUCGAGGUCACUUUGGUGCCGGAAAGCGAGCUCCGCAAGGCAACCCUGCACAUCUUCUUUGAUAUGAUGGAGUGCGAGCAGCGAGCUCGUGGAAGCUUCAAGUCCGUGGAAUCCGAGCUGAUUGACAAACUCGACAUUCUUAUCAGCGAGAACAAGGGUGACGACGAGUACAGGCAGUUGUUCAACACAAUGGAACAUCUUAGCGCUGUGUUACUAGACAGAGUGCAGUCCGAGGAUCCAACUUGGAAGGACAGUGGCACGGCCUUUAUAACAUCCGUCACGCGUCUAUUAGAGAGGCUUCUCGAUUACAGAAGCGUCAUUCAGGGUGACGAGAAUCGCGACAAGCGCAUGUCGUGCACCGUAAAUCUAUUGAACUUCUACAAGAAUGAGUUCAACCGGAAGGAGAUGUACCUGCGUUAUAUCUACAAGCUGAACGAUCUACAUCUGACCGCCGAGAAUUAUACGGAAGCUGGCUUCACGAUGAAGCUCUACGCCGAUCAGCUGGGCUGGGGCUCGACCAUGCUACCACCUGACCACAUUCAUCCACAGCAGCCGGAAUGGCAGCGCAAAGAGCUACUCUAUCAUAAGAUUAUUCAUUAUCUCGAUCGUGGCAAGUGCUGGGAAAAGGGCAUACCCUUGUGCAAGGAGCUGGCGAUCCUAUACGAGACUAGGCUGUACGAUUAUGCCAAACUUAGUCAAGUGUUGAAGUUACAAGCCAAAUUCUUGGAUAAUAUCCUGACGCAACUCCGGCCGGAACCGGAGUACUUCCGCGUUGGAUUUUACGGCCUCAGUUUUCCGCUUUUCGUCAGAAACAAGUUGUUUAUUUAUCGUGGCCUGGAAUACGAGCGAAUAGGAGCGUUUACGCAGCGGUUGCAAACCGAGUUUCCCUGUGCGCAAAUUUUAAUGAAGAAUUCCCCGCCUGACGAAACUAUCCUUACAUCUGAGGGUCAAUAUAUCCAAAUUUGCAAUGUCAAGCCGAUCCCCGAGGAGGGCAGUUUGGCUUGCAGCGGUGUCGAAGUUCCAGAACGCGUGGUCGCCUUCUACUUGGUGAACGACGUUCGCAAAUUCACAUUUGAUCGGCCGUUGCAUCGCGGUCCGGUGGACCGCGAAAAUGAGUUCAAAUCACUGUGGAUCGAGAGGACGAUGUUGACGACAGAAGCUAAACUGCCAGGGAUCCUCAGAUGGUUCGAAGUGAUCGAUAAACGGUCGGAGUUGUUGGCACCGGUACAGUAUGCCUGCGAGACUAUGCAGAGCGUGGAGAGGGAGCUGAGGCGGCUGGUGGCACAGUAUACCGCGGAGCCACACAGAAAUAUCAAUCCAUUCAGCAUGCGGCUGCAGGGUAUCAUCGACGCUAACGUAAUGGGCGGCAUCACCAAAUAUCAAGAGGCCUUCCUCACGCCGGAGUUUGCCCGACAGAAUCCUGAAAUGGUGCCGCAUGUUAAUCGAUUGAAGGGAUUAAUACUGGAUCAGAUGAGUGUGUUAGAAUCCGGCCUGGUGUUGCAUGGUCAGAUCGCACCGACUGGAGUCCAACCGCUGCAUAAGAGGCUAAUCGAGAGAUUCACGCAGCUCAAGCAAGGCCUCGGUCCAUUGACCAGGCAGAGAACCAUUCAUCAAGAUAGCAUCGUGAAUUCGCCCCUGCCACCGUUGCCGAUCAACGACAAGCAGCGUCCAGCCACUCUGGAAACGGCCGGUUCCAGAUCGUCGCACGCCGACAGCGACGGUCUUCCUGAAGACGAAGGCUUCUACACGAAAGUAGACGGUGUGCCGCCGCCUAUUCCUCAGCGAGAAGUACGGCCGCGUUCCGUCGGUUAUGGCACUACUCCACCUAGGCCCACGCAUCAGAGAUCUCUCAGUAAGCCGCUGAGUCCAAAACUGCCACUGAGGCAUUCCUUGCCUACUCCUACCGAUGGCGUGGAUCAAGGUGGCCUUAGAAGCUCAUGGAGCGAGCCUGGACCUGAACCCGCUCCGCCGCUACCACCUAGGGGUUGUAUGCUGGACAAGAAGGACUCGAACACGAAUGCGGUGGUGCCGCCAGCACCGCCGAAACGUGGUUUAACGCACAAACGCACAAAUACGGAAUGGAGCACCGACGACGAUUCCGAAAUCACGGAACCGAGAAACGAGCCGAAUGACCUACGCGACAGCGGAAUCUCCACUGCCAGUCUGCUGGACUUUCAGUCACAUUUGACGAACCUAAAUAACUUAGGCUAUGAGGACUUUGAGCCGCGCUCUCGAUGCAACGAUAUUAUGAACAUCUCGCCACCAUCUGUGAUAAGCGCGCUCAACGUUUCCACUGGCAGUUUUGCCAGCGGCACAUUCCAGGGCGGCUUGCAUUCUCUUCCCAAUCAAGAAGUGAGCCCUCCACCAAUUCCUCCCAAGGCUCAUCAGGACACUCCGUCGGCUCCUUCGACCCUGGAGAGAGUAUCCAACAGGACGCAGAACCACGGCCACUCGGAGAAUUAUUCCGUACCGAAGAUGCAGACGCUUUCCGUGGCGUCCGAUACGGAGAGCACCGUGUAGUGACGAUAUCCCCCUAGUCUCUAGCGGUUAGUAUUUAGUGAUGUGUAUGUGCCAUUAUGGUCAGGCGCGAAUCCUGUACUCGAUUUGUCCCUCGUGUCGUCGGGCGGAUUCUCUUAAACUGUAACUUAAGAUAAGCAUAAGAAUAUCAUCGUUGUCAUCAUUGUCGUCGUCGUCGUCGUGUCUAACAAGAGUGGAACGCGGAGAAACGGACUCGGAUCUUUCAUCAACGAGAUUUCUUACAUUUGUACAUUUUACUCCGCAUGUAGCUGAUAGCACUGUAAGCCGAAUCAAACCAUAAACAAAUCCGAAAUCACAUCGAACGUAAUGCGAAACGAACAGUAUCCAAUUUGCGUAUGUACGUACCUUCGUAGAGAAAUAGAAAGGGAAGAUAAAUAAAUGCGUAAUAAUCGCCCUUGAACACCGAAAACGUCCAGCAAGAGGCUUCUCUCGAAGGUUGAACUCAUCUGGACGUGAUCGGCGAUCGAAUCGCGAUAUAUAUACGUAUAUAUCUCGACUUCAUAUAAAACGUUACUCUUCCGAGUAUAUCGAUCCGCACAUACCACACCGAUACUAUAUAUUUUGUAAUUUAUUUAUAUUUUCGACGAGAAAAUAAAUAUAAUUUUUAAAUCAA